UCCGCCCGGGUCCUCACCCCUAGAAGACCGAGGCGGAACCGAGAAGAGGCCCCAGGACAGGAACACCAUGUCGGACUCCCUGGUGGUGUGUGAAGUGGACCCGGAGCUAAAGGAAAACCUGAGGAAGUUCCGCUUCCGUAAAGAGACCAACAACGCUGCCAUCAUAAUGAAAGUGGACCGAGACCGGCAGAUGGUGAUUCUGGAGGAAGAAUUGCAGAACAUUUCCCCAGAGGAACUGAAAUUGAAGUUACCAGAGAGACAGCCCAGGUUCGUCGUCUACAGCUACAGAUAUGUGCAUGGUGACGGCAGAGUGUCCUACCCCCUGUGCUUCAUCUUCUCCAGCCCUGUGGGCUGCAAGCCUGAGCAGCAGAUGAUGUACGCGGGGAGUAAAAACAGGCUGGUGCAGACGGCGGAGCUUACCAAGGUGUUUGAAAUCCGCACCACAGACGACCUCACUGAGACCUGGCUUAAGGAAAAGUUAGCAUUCUUUCGUUGACCCUUGAGCCGAGAGUUUGAAAUCCUUGUGUCUGAAGACUUGGACUCUAAGAUAUGAACAUUCAAGAACUAAAUAAAGGUUUAGGGGAAAGAAAAAAAAAAUCAGGAAUUUAGCAAUGCUUUA